CCUCAUCUCAGUUUGGGGUAGCUUUGCAAAGAGGCUCCACGUUCGCACCCAUUCGACAUGCUUUGAAAGUUCCUCAGUUUUUGCUCUGCUUCGAUAUACCCUGUCUUAUUCCCGUUGGCUCACAAGUCUGGCCUCAUCGUUCGGCCAAAUUCGUUGCUUCCAUCUGUCGCCUGGAACCGCAUCUGUAACACGUCUUCAUCCCGUUUUGUGUCCUGAAGUCUCGGUAUCUCAAUGAACGCUGUCACAUCGACACUUGCCGCACUGCCCGUUUGUUCUAUCCAUCCGGAUGCCUCGUACAUCAAAUCCUUUGGGGUUUUGAUGGCUGUCCACAAGUUCCUGCUAAGCACCUAAAGUAGCGCCGACAGAUCCUACUAAGGCACCUCACAGACCUUGAACGGUUCUUGACACGGCGAGACAAAGGAAACAAACACAGCCUCGGUUGAUACGAAACGGCUGGCUGUCCCAGCCUGUCUGUCCGUGGUAUCCCACCAGCCAACCAGUCAACCAUCAACCUCCUGUGUCCAACAGUCCACCGAGUAUUCAUCGUUCGAGAACUAGGAGCAAGCGCCGAGAUUCUUGACGGACGGUCGAUCGCACUGAUCGAAAUUCUCCACGCCCGAAGCGUUCCGCAACUCGCAAGGACAAGAGUUCUCAAGCAAGGCUAGCAAGGUAUUCCCUGUCCAACGUCGUUUACCACUACCGAGCCAACGCAAAACGCCGUUCCCUUCAGGUUUUCCUCCAGACAGACUCCAGACUUUGAUAGAAGUCUCUUCUUCUUCAGCACCGUCGCACUCGCAUGGGUUGCCGCGCCUAAGCCCCAUCUGGCUUGACUGAAGACCCAAUCUUCACUCCCGUUUCUUCCUGGCCGCCAAGGUGAACCGUGAAGCUCACUUUCUCCGCGUGCCAGACCAGCUGAUCGAAACACUUGAUCCUGCAACCAAUCAUAUUCGCCAAUCUUGCUAGACGUGGCGGUAAUCUGCGCUUCGGUCACGUUUGCCAGAUCCGACCUCUCCUCUUAUGCGUACCUACCGUACUCCGUACCUUUCUCCCUACCUUACCUUACUCUCGACCGUGCCGAGGAACCCAAUUGUCACAUUUCCUUCGGCCUCACCACUGACCUGCCCCUGGUCUCUAUCUGCACCUACUGCACAACCUACGUCGCUCAUCCUACCCCAGGCCCUCCAUCGCGUCGUGGGUCGCACCAUUACCCCACAAUUUCUUAUUCCAUUCCCGUCCCCUUCGUCUCUUAACACGCAAGGUACGCGAUACUUUUCGCUAUUGAGCACAGCUCCAGCCCUGCCCUAGGCGCUGCGGGUUGGUGGUAGACUCUGGAGUAACGGCCAUCACGAGCCUUCAGAAGAGCAAGUUGAUCAAUACUACCCCCUGGUAAGACGCGCCCACUAGUUCGCCAUCUUCAUUACGCGUUUUCCCGUUAUCCUUCAAACGUCUUAGGACACCUACAUGCCUAGACUGUUUCCCUGGAGCUUGUUUGAUUGGCAUCCGAGGUAUAUGGCCAGCUUCUAGUGAAGAUGGGCCGGGCAAUCCCGAACCUUGUUCCUCAUAACCAAAUACCUGUCAUCGUCUGGUUGGUCUUCCAAUUCUCGACAUGAUUCAUACUCUCUAGCUGGUGCGGAUGGCCAGUCCGCUUGCUGCUUCACUCCUCUAUUACCUAACGUAACUCAUGCCUUACCACGGUUCAGCUGUCGUUACGCCCCUCCCGAUCAUCACACUUUCGCCGGUCCUUCACCUUGUCUGCUUAGAGAAACGACCCAUGUCUCCAGCCACAUCCUUCGUUUCCCAAAUCCCCUCUGCUGAACUCAGUUUGACGAGCAGCCUACCAAUUCAAACCUCACGCCAUUGUACGGUUACAUCAUAGCAUGUCCGAAUGUGCACAGACACAUCGCUUCCGGCUCUUAUGCGGAUCGCUGAUUCUCUGCUCAGGAACCGUUUCCAGUUCAACUACCGGCACUGACGCCGAAGCCUCAUGGCUGCCGUCACACCUUCGCUUCCCGCAAUGCUACCUCGGAGUCAGCUGCAAAUUCGCCGGAAUGGCCUUGUCGAGCUACAAGCAAUUCCGCCAAUCCUACGGCCCCUCCUUCGGGCCUACCUCCUAGGAUAUGCUUCCGCUGUUGCUCCGAGAGUCCUUACGUUGCUGAUGCAAUACCUUACCAAAAAACGCCGUCAAAUUGCAAAGGAGAACGGGUGCAUCGGGUUUAUGGCGCAACUGAGGCGGAUAGUCCUCGCCGGUCUAGACCCCCAACGGUUUCCAACCUUCUGUGCCUUGCUUGUUGGUGGCAGUACACUUUUAGAGGAGCCACUUCGACGUGUAUUCGAACGCAAUGCCAAAGGUCUCACAGAGGUGACUCGAACUAGACUCGCAAGAUGGAGCGCCACAUUCAUUGCUGCCUGGUUCAGUCUGCAGCUUUUGCAGUCCAAGAAGAGCUCGGCCUUUACAGGCACUUCCCCUGACAAAUCUAAUAGUCCGCCCGGAGCUCAGCUAAAGGAGACCCGGUAUGGAGGACGGACUCUCGACUUGACGUUAUUCACAUUGACGAGAGCCCUGGACGUUCUUGUUGGCGAAGUUUGGGCACGUAGGCGAGCGCGUCGUGUAGCUCAAGGCAGUUGGACCAAGGCUGAAUGGAUCAUCGGCAGGUUCACCGACCCUUGCUUGUUCGUCACUUCGUGUGCUCUCAUCAUGUGGGCAUGGUUUUACCAUCCCGAAAGGCUUCCCAGCGGCUACAACAAGUGGAUCAGUUCGGCGGCAAAUGUCGACAUGCGGCUGAUCGAGGCCCUCCAGAAGCUCCGUGCCAACGACAUGUCCUACGGUAAAAGUGGACAGGCAGAAUUGCUGCAGGGCAUGUGUGAGAAAUACGGAUGGCCGAACGAAUGGGGCGAUCCGUCAAAGUCAAUUCCCAUCCCGUGCGAGAUGGUGCACAUGGGCUGCGGCCCAUCGUGCGAGCUCCAUGCCAUCAGCCGCUUCUAUCGGUCGUGGAAGUGGUCCAUGGCCAUGUAUCUACCCCUGAGCGUUGCGCUUCUUCUGCGGGGGCCUAUCAACAAGAAGACCGUCAUGCGGACCUUGCUAUCAUCGUCGAGGUCGGCGGCAUUUUUGGGAGCGUACAUCACUUUGUUCUAUUACGGCGUCUGUCUCGCCCGUACCAGAAUCGGGCCUCACAUCCUCGGCAAGGACCUGGCCGCGAGGCAAAGGAUGGACUCGGGAAUCUGCGUCCGCACGGGGUGCUGCCUUUGCGGCUGGAGCGUCCUCGUCGAGUCCGCCAGUCGUCGCAAGGAUAUGGCGCUGUUCGUCGCCCCGCGGGCCAUGGCGACGCUGCUGCCGCGGCGGUACGGCAUGGACAAGCAGUGGAGGGAGACGCUCGUCUUCGCCGCCAGCACGGCUGUUGUUUUCACUUGUAUCCAUGAGAACCAGGCCCGCGUACGCGGCGUGCUGGGCGGUGUAUUGGGAAUGGUUUUGCGCAAUUAGAAAAGAGAGAGAUUGUGUUUUUGGCUGGGGAGCACACGCAUCUCAGCAUCGGUUAGGGGUUUCCUUACACGGGGACAAAAAAACGAGUGUUUUGAAUAGAGAUACUAAAGAUGGGUUAGAUUCUGG